CUCCCUCCUACUCCUCCUCCUCUUUCCUCCUCCUCCUCCUCCUCCACAGCUGUUGCUACUGCCGCCCAGCGAGCAGCACUUCCCUGCAGCAGACAGACGAUCCAGAGGCUGGGGGAUCAGUAAAGACACAACCCAACCCGUCUCAGCACAGCUCGGCACAGCCCGGCUCAGACGCUCGAAGAGAGCCUGGGGAGGGGAUACACUGCAACACAUUCACACACGCACACAAACACGCACGCGCAGGAGCGCGCGCGUGCGCGAUCAGACACACACUCCUCCUCUCUCUCUCGCGCUCGUUUUCUCUCUCUCGCUCUCUCACUCUGGUGCUCGGUUCUGCACUGCUCCUUCACUCAUUCGCUGCUGAUUCACUCACUCCCUCGCUUGCCUCUCCUCUGCCAGUCGCUCUGCCUUGCUGCGUUCUGCCUGCCUUCCCCCUGCCCGCCUGCCUGCCUGAGAAUGGUCCAGCCGGUGCCUAAGGGUCUGCUGUCGCGGCCUGUCUGAAUGCGCGCAUAAACACACAGAGCCAGUCGACACACGGAAGCUCACGCGCACAGAACUGGAGAGCAAUGUGAGAGAGGAAGUGCCUUCCCUGAUGUCUGCUGCAGCUUUGACCUGCUUCUACAGCUGAAGCUCCAUCCCUCCCCUCUUCCCUUGCUCGCUCGCUUGCUGCCACAGUUUUAAGAGUAAAGGGACAACGACCACGCCCUUCCCCGUUGCUCCACCAUCAGCAUCCACUCCAACAUCAGCCCUACUCACCAGACGACCCUCGCUGCUCACCACCAGCUGACCAGCCUUACCACUGCACCGCCAGGCCCCACAAACAGCAUUUCACCCACCUUGCCUUUCACCAUCGCCUUCAGCCCCUUAAGGCCUCUGUUCAGUCCUCAGUGUCCUUAACCUUCCUGAAGCAGACUAUACAGACUGUCACCUUUGUUGCCUGCUUCACUGCACCCAACCAGAGGGCUCUCUCUUUUUGCAUAUUGCAUAAGAGAGUAAGCAAUAAACACAAACAGUGAGGAGGAACAAGUUGGCUAAGACGUCUCCUGGAUAUCUCGGACCUGUUGUCAGAUGCUGUUUUGCAUCGGGAAAAUGACUCAUUAACGUCCACAGCAAAACACUGUCCUGCAGCAUUUCACCAAGCCGUACGUUUCUGAAUGUUUCAUUUCAGCUUGUCACAAGCAGCAACGAUAACAAGGAAGACAUUUAAAACAAGGCAGGACAAUAGUGGAUUAAAACACUAGAAGAAGUACUUUAUCCGCACUUGAACGUAUCUUUGCUAGGAACACCUUUUGCCUGCGUUUUGCCAUGGCCAUGAACAUAGCACACAUCCGCGACACAAAGUGGCUCACACUGGAAGUAUGCCGGGAAUUUCAGAGGGGCACGUGCUCGCGCUCCGACCAGGAGUGCAAGUUUGCCCAUCCGGCCAAGAGCUGCCAGGUGGACAACGGACGGGUGAUUGCUUGCUUCGACUCCCUCAAGGGCCGUUGUUCCAGGGAGAACUGCAAGUACCUGCACCCUCCUCCCCAUCUAAAGACCCAGCUGGAGAUCAAUGGCAGGAACAAUCUGAUUCAGCAGAAGAAUAUGGCCAUGCUGGCCCAGCAGAUGCAGCUUGCCAAUGCCAUGAUGCCCGGCACGCAGCUACCCCCUAUGCCCAUGUUUUCAGUGACACCAGGCCUGGCGACCAACGCCAGCGCAGCAGCAGCUGCUGCCGCUGCAGCCUUUAAUCCCUACCUGAGCCCUGUGUCUCCGAGCCUGAUGCCUCCGGAGAUCCUGCCCAGCACCCCCAUGCUCAUGGCCUCCAGCCCCACCGUCAGCCAAGUUCCCAAUGCCGCUGCUGCCGCAGCCCAGAAACUGCUGAGAACAGACCGGCUUGAGGUGUGCCGGGAGUACCAGAGGGGAAACUGCGCUCGGGGGGAGGGCGAGUGCCGCUUCGCUCACCCUGCAGACAGCACCAUGAUUGACACCAAUGACAACACCGUCACUGUGUGCAUGGACUACAUCAAGGGCCGGUGCACCAGGGAAAAGUGCAAGUACUUUCACCCCCCGGCCCACCUGCAGGCCAAAAUUAAGGCCACCCAGCAUCAGGUGAACCAGGCCACGGCUGCCGCGGCCAUGACUCAGUCGGCUGUCAAAUCACUGAAGCGACCCCUCGACGCAACCUUUGACCUGGUACUAUGACCUUUCACCUUUUAGCUUGGCACGCAUGUGGCUUUGUUGUGCAGCAGUGUUUUAACCAAAGAUACUUAGCUUUUUGUUGUUGUGUGUUUUUUUGUUUUGUUUUGUUUUACAAUGUUCGUCUCAGUGCAGUGUGUGUUCUUCUCCUUCUUCUUCUUGUUACUCUAUAACUGCUGCUUGUGAUACAAUGACUGUGGCCCGUUAAGAGUUCAAACGGUUUGUGUCAAAUGUGCAAAAACACAAAUUCACUGUUGCAGAUUGUGGUAAAGAGCCACAGUCAUUUCAUCGCCUGCAGCCUGUCUAACAAAAGUUAGCGAGGGCGAGGGAAGUAGAGCUUCUAUUAAAGUGGCAUGGCUUCAAGUCUUGUGUGUCUAAAUGUCAGUGUCAAUCAAAUGUGUGCAUGUCUGUGUUGCUAGUGCAUGGGUAAUGGAUCUGGGUGGGGGCUAGGCUAACCAAACAGGAGUGAUCCCACAUUAACAGGUUAGUUGUAACAAAUGAUAGUUCACUCAUAUCUUGAUCUUGACACUAAUCACCAGAAGUCAAGAAUGGCCUAACGCCAAGUGUUACGCCUUGCAGUUAUUUAUUUGAUUAUUUAUUUUCUUGGCUUUAAACCAUUUUUGAUAGAUUUUUUUAUUUUUUUUCUGAGAGUGAACCAUCACUUAAACAUGGCUUACACAGUUUAUCAUGGAGCUAGCAGUGCAGCCUCCCUUUCUCUGUGCUUACUACCUGUUCCACCUCGUUAGCAGCCUCAUUGUUUUAAUGGUUAAUGCUUGCUUUAUUAGUCAGCCUUAUGUGUGUGUAAAGUUAAUAAUAAAGCCUUUUUUUAUUAAUAUGUAAAUGCCUGUCAGCUCAUAGCUCCAGUAGGCAUCAUGCUCCUGCUUGUGUAGUAUUUGUGUCAGACUGCUGCUUGCUUGCUACUGAUGAUAUGAUAUUGUAAUUGUUGUACACACAAAGAUGUUGUGGCUCUGUUUCUCUGAU